AUGACCUCAUCCACUCCCGACAAGGGCAAGGUCCCUAAUCCCCAAACAGAAUUCGACAGUGACGAAGAAGACAUCUUCCACGAUGCCCGCUUCCCCGCCGAAGAAGAAACACGCCUCCUGGAGGAAUCAAAAUCAAUAAAAGCCGAAGCGAACAAGCUCUACUCCGUCGCAUCCUACGACCAAGCCAUCUCCGCCUACGACCGCGCCCUCGCCUCCUGCCCCAGCUACCUCGACUAUGAUGUCGCCGUCAUCCGGAGCAACAUGGCCGCUUGCUAUCUGAAGCUCGAGGACUGGAAAGCAGCUGUUGAUAGUGCGACUGCGUGUAUUGAGGGUUUGGAUCGUGUUGUUCCGCCGCCGAAGGAGGAAAGUGAAGAUACUUCUGAUGCGCCGGAUUCCGCAGACGCUGUUGUUGAGAUCUCGGGGGAUGGCGAGGAGGCGGAACAGGAGGAGCUGAAGAGGAUACAGGCGAGUGAUGAGAAGAGACGCGAUGUGCUGCGGAUCCGGGCGAAGGCACUGAUGCGACGCGCCAAGGCGAAGACGGAAUUGGGUGGGUGGGGGAAUCUGCAAGGGGCGGAGGAGGACUAUAAGAUUCUUGCUGCGAUGGAUAAUCUUCCCGCGGAUGAUAGGAGAAUUGUACAAAGGGCGCUGCGGGAGUUACCCGAGAGGAUAGGUAAGGCGCGAGAGAGCGAGAUGGCGGAGAUGAUGGGCAAGCUGAAAGAUCUGGGGAACGGUAUUCUCAAGCCAUUCGGGCUGUCGACGGAUAAUUUCAAAUUUGUCCAAGACCCUAAGACCGGUGGAUACAGCAUGAACUUUUCCUCGUGA